AUGGCCUCUGCACAAUUUCAAGUUUUAUCUGUUCUCUGUCGAAUAGUACGUAACGUCGUAUUUGAUGCUGUGAAUGAAUUUUCUGAAACCAUAUUUGUUUCACCAGGUGCUCUACCACGUACCGUCUUUGAUACAUAUACAGCAACGCUUGUCGACCAAUUCAAUAAAACUACUCUUGAGAAUUUUCGUACACACAAUCGUUUUAUUUCAUCCAUUGUCGACGAACAUCUUUUCAUAUCUGCAUUGCGUACAAAUUUCUAUACUAGAAGUGUUCCUGGUAGUAACAACUAUGUAACCUUUUCUGGUAUCUAUCCACAAAAUGUAAAUUUGACACAAUCGUCAUUUAUGUCAAGUGAAACAUGUCGGUGUGAUCACACGAGUAAUUGUAUCUACCCUGCUGGCAUCUAUAAUCAAUCAAAGGCCAUCAUUCCGAACGAAGCAUUGUCAAAUGAUGCAUCACUUCUAUUUGUUGUACCAGGAUUUCAAGUGGGAUGUGUACCUCAAAAUGCAUCAUUUCAAGCGACACUAGAAUGCUUUUAUAAUCAAUCGUGCUUGGAUAUGGUCAUUACAUUAACUGCCGCUCUUCGUACUGUCUCUGCACUAAACAUGUCGAGCUCUUCUUCUCGAUUUGAUCCAACAACAACUAUCAGUGUUAUUUUUGAUAAUCUAAUGCUCGAAUCCUGGCAGAGUUCUAUUGAUUUCUACGGAAAUUGUUUUCAACCAUUGGGUUUCUAUUGCUAUUCAUCGUCAUGUGUACAAACGGAUUCUAAACCAGAUGAAACUGUUCCUGGCCUCAAGCUUGGUUGCCAACUUUUUAAUUAUUUUAUUUCCACACUGCAAUGCUUUUUCAGUCAGUUAUGUGUUCAAAUAUUGAUCGAUAAACGCCUUUAUGGUUUUGAAAAUUACUAUUUACCAAUUGACUUGACUGAUUUAACAGCACUUGAUCCAGGCGACAUGGUCACUUUUAAGCCUGAGGAUUUUCUCGAAGAUUUGAUAUUAGCAUCUUUUAUUGAUCAAUGGAUCCAAAUGGCAGAUUAUGAAUCUUACUAUGCUCAAUGUCAGUCAGAAAUGUGUAUUUAUACAGUUGAUCAGAAAUUGCAUUUGAUUACUCUUGUUAACUCUGUUAUUGAACUCCUUGGAGGUUUUUGUGUUGUACUGGGUAUCUUGGCUCCAUUAUCGAUCGAAAUUAUUCAAGGAAUUUAUCGUUUGUGCGAUUAUCGAACACGAGGUAAGAAACUUUAUGCUUCAGAUAUUCAAGUAUUUUAA